AUGGCUAGCCCCUCGGGUGCUUCUGGCCAUUUGGCGACUGAAACUGCCAGAGACUACGACGCCCUCGUGUCGAGCGACUCUGAGAGCUCAGGCUCCUCCUUCGACAGUGAUAACAUUGGAUCAGACCAGUCCGAGGGCUGCCCGUGGCGAACUUCUCGUUUCUACGACCAGGAGUGCUCGCGCUUCUUCGACUGCCCAUCUCACACCGUCGAACGAAGCCUAUCAGAUAACGGAUCAGUGCAUCAGGAGUCUAUCAACGGCCCCGACGACUCCGAACCACCGCACCCCGCUGACGAUCGCGACCAACCAAACGAACACGCCUCUCGUUUCUCGGACGCGGAACUUGCGCAAAUCGGCAUCACCAGAGACGCUGCGCAAUCCGUACCCACGGCUGAGGCUCACGCGGACAUGGAGGCCACUUCCACGGAAAGGGACGCUGGCGCAAGCGCAGGAGGCGGCCCAGAUUCAACAACUCCUGACGCCCAAGGGGCUGCUUUGACGACAACGCAGAGGCCGACACCCGUGGAGGAGCCUGGGAGCAGUUCUCGAGAUAGAGUGCCUGCGCAACCUGCAACCCUAGAUAUUCCCCAGGACGAUGCCGAGGACCAGCCUAGUCCAACACACCGACCAUCUGGCUCCUCACGCAAUUCCGAGUUUCGACGUACUUGGGCAGGCCCAUCCCGCGAGAGGAUGGAUGCUCCUCUGCCCUCUGUCAGGUCAUUGGAAGAUGCUCUGCCGCCACUCCCUCGAUCCUCUCGGCCGUCGAUAUCUUCAGAUCCUCCCCGACCCAGGUGGCAGCCCGAUAAUGAAGUCACGUACUGCCCCAUAUGUCGCACACAGUUUAGCUUUUUCGUACGCAAGCACCAUUGCAGAAAAUGUGGAAGAGUUGUCUGCAACUCGUGUUCCCCGCACAGAAUCAUCAUUCCAUACCAGUACAUCGUCAGGCCACCUGGCUCAGACACGACCAUGCACCAAUCGCUACUAAUCGAUGGUCUCGGGGCUGGAUAUUUCGAUGUCAACGACAUGUCAGGGGGUGAGCGGGUGAGGCUUUGCAAUCCAUGCGUUCCAGACCCCAAUACUGCACCGCCGCAGAGUCCGAGCCCCCAAGCAACCCUGUCGCCGCGAUCUGCUCACCAGAGAUCGCGGAGCAGCAUCGGCAGCGCCUAUGGGACACUGCCGCCGUCCAAUAGGCACGGUGCAGUCUUUGCUCCAGGCGCCAGCGGUGAUCCUUAUCGAUAUCUCUCCCCCAGGAUGAGAAGCGUCACCAUGGUUCCUCCUUCGUCUGGCUCAUCAUCUCCUGGUCCGUCUUAUCGACAACGCAGUGGAACACAUCAGACCCCUGUUGAACGUCUCCUAUCUGGCGUUCAGUCCUCGUCACCUUCUUCAUAUCCAAAUCGAUAUAGCUCACUUGGGGAGUCAUCCUCGAGACAGAGGGCACUGCCACCAACACCUCAGAUCGCGGAAGAGGACGAGUGUCCUAUUUGCCAUCGCGAGCUGCCCUCACAGAGUCUCCCCAACUUUGAAGCUCUUCGAGAAUCACACAUUACGUCGUGCAUCCAGAACCAUAGCACAUAUGGCACACCCCGUGGGGAGGGCGGAGCGCCGCCUGCUCCACGACGGACGGGCAUGUAUACUUACCUGGCAACAGAGAAAGACUGUAUCGACGACGCCGAGUGUACCAUCUGCCUGGAAGAGUUUACAGUUGGAGUUCCCAUGGCGCGAUUAGAAUGUUUAUGUCGAUUUCACCGGGCCUGCAUCUCGUCAUGGUUCGUCAAGCACCCCGGGCGUUGUCCAGUACACCAGCAUGAUGGGUUUGGUUAUUAG